UACAUUGUACUGUAUAUUAUGAUUUGGGAAAAAAUAUUGGCGGAACUUACGUCAUUUGUCAAAGUGUCUUCUGGGAAAGAAAAAUGGCAGCACCAUCGAGGAAAGUGUUUGAGGUGUUUGUAUCAAAAGUACCAUGGACUGUUGCUGUCAAGGAGAUGAAGGAAUACUUUGGGCAAUUUGGACAGGUGAAGAAGUGUCUGCUGCCAUUUGAUAAAGAAACCGGCUUCCACCGAGGCUUCUGCUGGGUGAGCUUCAGCACGGAGGAGGGAUUGAACAACACGCUGCAGAAAGAGCUACACGUCCUGGAGGGGUCAAAGCUUCAAGUGCAGAAGAACAGACGGCCUUUUGGACGCAAAUCCAACAACGGAUUUGACUGAAACUGUGUUUGGGAAAGUCUGUGUCUUAGUGUGUUCAGCCAUGAUUAUUUAUUGUAACCAUUGACAUUGGAAUGCAAUAAAAAAUGUUUCAUGUCUGUUCUGGUUGUUUUCUUCUCAGGAUAAUAGGCUUUGAUGAAAGGUUGGUUUGUGGUUGUAAAUGAUGUUAACUGCUGGAGGUGACAUUAUUUUAAAUGGAAUAUAGCAAAGAAAUAGCAUAGUUUAUGACCUUAUUAUGGGUUUAAACAUUAUUAGAGCCCUCUUGACAUGAAAUAACACCCCUACAGUCACCUUUUCCCACAUUAUUUGUAAAUGGAAUAUCUUCAUAGUUAAGGUAAUAGAAAAGCUGUUUACCGUCUUUUUAUGGGUUUUAACAUUAGAGCCCUCUUGACAUGAAAUAACACCCCUAUAGUCACUUUUUCCACAUUAUUUAUAAAUGGAAUAUCCUCAUUAAGAACAUAGAAAACCUGUUUAUGACCAACCGAGCAAUAACUAACUAUAAUUC